ACAUGUAACAUGUGCUUAAAAGGACAAAGUAAUGUUUCACAAUCAUGGCUUAGCUUUUAGGUAGCAAAGUCAAACAGUAAUUGAGGUUAACUAGGGUACUUGCAGUCAAAUGUGGUGUUUUUUUUUGUUGGUGCAGAGAUUUCGCAUCCAUUCACUUGAAUGUAGUUUGUCGCACAUAGCUUGAUUGAGACAACACAAAUAUGAGGUUGACUGUGAUUGGUUACCACAAAUUCGGAUCACAGGUUGUGUUAAGGGGUGGAUUAAAAAAAAAAAGUUCAGUCUUGCCGAUCCAAUCACGAACAACGUACCUUCUCCCGCCGUACUUUGAAUUUUCGGGAUGCUAUAUAUAUCUGCCCAGCCUUUUGGCGGACUUUUUAUGGACAAUCAUGUCUGAACGUACCGCUGCGUUUCGACGGAGAGUCAAUGAUAUCAGAGACAGAAUGAAUGCCCAAUUUAACCGGCUACUUAAUCAAGAUGACGGUGAAGAGGGGACUUCUCUUCUACAAAGCUUUGGAGUUUUCCGCCAACAGCACGGGGGUGGACCAGUGCGCAGGCCAAGAGGCGGGAGAACCAGACAUCGCCAGUUAACGUUUAAGGUGUCAGUACUAAGGAAUCCGACACUGACCCACUACCGAUCUCAUAGGGAUGCCACUCCUGCUACUCGGGUGGUCGUUCCUGUAAACCUCAAUGCCGCUGAAUUCAGGCAGGCACUACGGGACAAUAUUGCAGACAUACCUUUGCAGUUCGAUCUAUGCAAAGUGAAUGGACAGCGGCUCAUUCUUCCUCUUGAAGAGGAGACGCCCCAAGAAAUUAGAGCAAGAAACCUACUGGGUCGCUCCAAUCUUUAUAUCCGUCCAAAGAUUACAGAAGCCAAUGACGACUCAACUGGUGGAGAAGUGGUGCAGUCUGAAAUGGCAAUUGUGCUGCAUGACACAGAGACACCUGACCAUGGCAGGCACAAUGUACAGGAGCCAGAGGUUAUCAGUGGUCUGCAUGAAAACCAUACAGCUAAUUCUAGUAGGCCUGGUCUCCAGGAACCAGAGGUUAACAGGGAAGAGUUUUACAUCGACUCUGCAGAGUCAGAAGUAUCAGACCUGGAUGAGGCUGUCCUGGCUUCCCCUGAACAAAAUGAUUCACAUGAUGAGAUGGACCUUGCUACUGUCCUGAAAGACUUCCAGGAAACGCAUCUUGACACCAGCAAUUAUUGUACAGUAAUAGCCCGACGAAGGAAAAUCCUACAUAGUGCCUGCAUGGCACUUUCGAAGUCAUAUUUUGCCUGGCAUAAAUUACCAAACAUUGAAUUCGUUGGUGAAAUGGCCGAUGAUUAUGGAGGCCCAAGGCGGGAAUUUUUUCGCUUACUUAUGGUCGAAACUCAGAAUUCCCUAGGGAUUUUUGAGGGGAAGCCUGGCAGUCUGCUGUUCAGUUAUAGCCAGCAGUUGCUGUCAAGCAACAAGUUUUAUAUGGCUGGUAAACUGAUUGCUUGGUCGAUAGCACACAAUGGGCCAGGGCCACGGUGUAUCAAUAGACACCUGUUCUGUUUGAUGUGUGGCCAGAAGACAUCUCUUGAUGACUUUGAUGUCGAGGUCUUCAUGGACGAUGACAUUAAACAGAACAUAGAAAAGGUUUCCAACUGCAGCACCCCAGAAGACCUGGCAGACUUGAAAAGUCACCUUGGGGACUGGAUUGCAGGCUGUGGUAUCCCUGACAUCUACACUGCCACACUACUUGAUGUUAAGAGGAUAAGGGGCGAGAUUGUAUCUCAUUUUGCGUUUCACAGGGUUGCCAGCAUGAUUCAACAGUUUGUUGCCGGUAUGGACUCGUGUGGUCAAUUCUGGCAAAUGGUGAAGAGAUGCUGGAAGCAGUUCCUUCCUGUAUUUACAAAUGCAGGAAAUAAACUUACAAGGAACAGCUUCCAGGAUCUCUUCACCAUUGGAUGGAGUCCAGCUGGAAGUAACAGACGUGAAGAAGAGGAAGCCACCAUCUUUCAGUGGGAAUGGUGGCUUAUGGCCAUUCAGGAGCAAGAGGUGGACAACACGUUUGAAGAGCUGCUGGUCUUCAUAACUGGGGCUGACUUACUUCCACCACUGGGGUUCCCACAGUCCUGCAACAUAGACUUUUACGAUCAGGAGCCGGGGAUGCGGCGCAUCCCAUACGCAUCAACGUGCAGCUUAUCCCUGUAUCUUCCAAGAGGUGUUGCAGAUGAAGAUCAAUUUAAAGAUCUUAUGAACGAUGCAUUAAAAGGAUCCCUUGGAUUUGGAAAGGUGUAGCUGCAUACAUGAACUGAUGCUGGGAAGCUAUGGUUAAAACCUGUGGCCUUUUGGGAUGAAGUUGUUAUUGUAAGUGUUAAAUGGGAUUGCUCCUGGCACUCAGGCUUCUUAAAGAUUUUACAUUUUAAGUGUUUUUACAAAUGACUAUUCAUUGUGUAUAUAGUUGUAUUUAUGGUCCAGUUAAGACAACUGGGGUAUGCAUGUAUCAAGCCAUGCAAAAUAAGUGGUGUUCAGAAAGUUUACAGUAUUGGGAGGAAAAUGACAAUUCAUCUAGAAAUAUUAGUUUGAAAGUUUGUUGUGGAUUGUUUGUUCAAUUACAGUACACUGCAUAGUGUGGGUUUUGUUUUUAAUUUAUUUUUUUCAAGAUGUACAACAGAUGCCAAACUUUGAACUGAAAGACAUUGACUGUUGUAAAAUAAAAUAUUAUAAUGUCA